CACAUAACCAAAGGGCUGUAGCCCCGCUCUGUCCUGUCCAGUUGCUUUAGGAGCUAAUUGUAACUGUUCUGAUACGGUGUCCCAAACAACAUUGGAAAACACUUUCGUUCCAUUGAUUGCUUAUCAUUUCGACAAGGUUACAAUAUUGUACAAAGCAGGCCUGCAAAGCCUCGCUUAGAUGGCUACGCCUCACUGGCUGUUGGCCUUGGCUAUCUCAUGGGUGUUAGCAAACGUCCAUGCUGUGCAAGAGGAGAAGCUUAUUGGCUGGAAGGGCGAGACGUACAACGUGGAGGCUAUGUGGGACCCCUUGAAGCAAAAGCCCAUGGAUGACAUCCCACUCCCAGCUUCUAAAUCCUGGAUUGAGCACGUGGCCUGGCAGCCGCGUGUGUUCAUCUAUCACAACUUCAUAACCGACAUGGAGGCCGAGCACCUCAUAGAGCUAGCAGCGCCGCAGAUGAAGCGGUCCACGGUGGUGGGUGCGGGCGGCAAGAGCGUGGAGGACAAUUACCGUACGAGCUAUGGCACCUUCCUCAAACGGUACCAAGAUGCGGUGCUGGAGCGUAUUGAAAACCGAGUGGCCGCCUGGACACAGAUCCCCGUAGAGCAUCAGGAGGAUAUGCAGAUCCUGCGGUACGGCCUUGGCCAGCAGUACAAGGUGCACUCGGACACGCUGCGGGACGAGCAGGCGGGCUUGCGGGUGGCAACGGUGCUCAUCUACCUGAAUGAGCCCGAGGCGGGCGGCGAGACGGCCUUCCCCACCAGCCGCUGGGUGCACCCCUCCCUAACGCAGAGGCUGGGAGCCAACUUCUCCGAUUGUGCUCGAGGUCACGUGGCCUUCGCGCCCAAGCGAGGUGACGCGCUGCUGUUCUGGAGCAUCAACCCAGACGGCAGCUCGGAGGACACACAUGCGGCACACACCGGCUGCCCCGUACUGGCAGGUGUCAAAUGGACGGCGACCAAGUGGAUCCACGCGCGGCCCUUCCGGCCGGAGGAGAUGCAGCUGCCGUCGGGGACGCCGCGGGAGCCCUACGUGCGCGACCCAGGGGUCUGUUACGACGAGCGACGCGAGUGCGCGCAAUGGGCGGCGCGAGGCGACUGUGAGAAGAACUACGACUUCAUGGUGGUGAGCUCGGUGGCGCCUGGCGCCUGUCGCAAGUCCUGUGGCGCGUGCCGGGUGUGCGAGGGUGACCCACGGGUCGAUGACGAGUGCUACCAGGAGAACCGCCGUCGGGUGGGCUUCCUGCAGUACAAUGCCUCUGAGUUGGCGCCCUUUAGGGACAUGGUGUGAGGUGGGUAGGAGGUGUUUGUAGGAGGUGCUUUGAGGAGGUGCAACUGUCCGAGUCGGUGGUGGUGUAAUAGCAGCCGCAGGAACCGCUGGCUGGCUGUUUUACGGCUAAAGUGUAGAUGUUUAUGGCGAUGUGGGCGCUUAUGGGGGCUGCUGCUGCUGCUGUCUUGUCACACACCAGGCUUCCACGUGUACCGGCAAUCUGAAUAGCUACGCUGUGGCUGCUAUAGCCUUAUGGCUGUACGAAGGGGGCUGCGUGUAGGUAUUAGUACGACAAAUAGCCAGAUGUGACGAAGGAAUCAAUGUGUGCAUUGCACAUGGCUCCUCGCAAAGGGCCGCAAGGCCUAAGGGUUGUUAAGGCGGUUAAGGUGAGCUUACGGCGCUCUAUGGGCUCGACGAGCAGGAGCGGGAAGGAAGGAGCGAGGAGGGGCGACUGAGAGGGUGUACGACAGCCUUCUAAGGAACGGAAGUCGGGGAGCGGUGCUAAUGGUUGGGAGGUAGGGUCUCCUCCUGCUUGGAAUACUAAGCGCCAACGAACCUGCUGGUCCUGUUGACUAGUCUUUCUUGCGCUGUCGGUAAGGAGAUUGGUAAAGCCCGGCAGGAUGGUUUGGUCGGGAGGCUCGCCCGGCGGCAUGGCCUAGAACAAUUGAUUAGAUGGCGAGUGUUGAAACAUUGUAUAGUCCGUGGCACCACGUUCCACCGGGACGUCCGGGAGCUUAGGACGGAGUGCCCUGCUGUACCGUAGGUCCGUAGGGGGAUUCCCCGGCCGGCCGUCAGGGCCAUGGAUCCAGGGCCAUGCUGGGCUUAUACGACAA